AUGGAGGUGCCUAUUGAAGUUCUUGUAUCCACGCUCUACAGGCGUUUCCAAAAUAGAGCUCACCCGCCCCGUGGCAAUACUUGUAAGGGGUUUCCAUCUUUACUUUUUAGCAUAGCGCUCGAUGUAGCACAGUCUCUUGAUCCUGAGGAACGAGAGCGUCAUCUGGUGCAGCUUCUGAACUCUCUGCAGGUGGCUACCACCAACACUACUGGUGAGUGUGUCCCCGCUGUCGUUUCAUCCGCGAGUGCACUAAUUGUACUCCGUUCAUCACAUCCUUCUCUGACACAUCGGACUUUGCUCUCGACACAACAUGAAUCGUUGGACAUGGAAAACCGUUUUGGUGAGAUUAUCCAUUCCAUCCUAGUCGCCCACCCACCCUUCCCGGAGGACGUCAUCGCAAGCACGUGCUACGGCGCCGCGCAGUUAAUUUUGCACAAUUGUUGCCGCAACAUGUUUCACUCUGCUUGCGGUUCUCUAGAUGCUACUUUAGACCAAGCUGAGUUGAAGAUCCCAGCGACGUCUGCUGUGGAGUUGCUUUCCUAUUGCACCUCGCUUCUGGUGAACCUAUGCCCCAUCGAGCUCCCCGCUGAGGGGAUAACAGGUGCCCUGUCAGCCACUUCAGCUGGAACGGGUGUGACUAUUGGCGAACGGCGAGAUAAGAAGUCCGUAGUCUCCUCUGAACGGUGGAAUUCACAUUUGAAUGACACAGAUGUGGGACCGAAAGUGGAUCGAGGACAAAUGCAUGAGGCUCCUAUAUGUUCUUUCCUGACGCCACCGGAUCAGGCGGCGCGUUGUGCUUUGAAAAAAUCAAUUAUUUCCUGUUGUUUUCGCGUCUUGGGGCAGUCUGCACAGCUGUACCGCUCUGAUGUGGUCCUCACAGCUCUUCUCUGUCGCCGUGUUCUUAUUCCCCUGCUUUUAUUGAAGGACACAGACGAGGAAAGCCUAAGGGUCUUUGAGCCGCAGCUCCAUGAGCUGCUUGAAGCACUUUACAGCAGCGGGGAUCAAAAUGCCGGAGACGCCGAGGAUGGGAAACUCGGAAGCCAUUCAGGGAAUCGAAGUGAAGUGAUUGUCUUGAUAGCUGCUCUGUUUGACUUUCUCUUUCGUCAUAGUCGCGUCGGAGAUGCCGCACAGGACUACCGAUGCUCCCCGUUCCUAUGGCGCGUGUUACAUCGGGGUUUUUGGGAUGCUCUCACCUCCAACACGGAUGCUGGACGGAGAGCGAAUAUGCAGCUGCGUGCGGAAUACCUCCUGAAGCGUAUUAUACACCUAACCCAUGCAGAGAAAGUGGGGGGCUCCUUGAAGGUAAAAGCCAUCACUCGCUUUCGUGAGAGCAGGACGAAACUCCGAGACUUCAGCAGCGGUGAGACUGCUCGGCGCCUCGCUGUCGGCGUGUCGUCAACCCACUGUGCGGCGCGUGGUAUCGUUCGAUUUCACGAGUGGUUCGUCUGGGACCACGAUCAGAGUUUUGUGCAGUGGGAACAGUUUUUCCUUAUUCUAGAGACUAUGAAGGAGUUCGGUUUGCACAUUGUAGAACCCGCUUUGCUUAAGCUUGACGCCCUCAUUAAGCUGCAGUCUCUUUCCAUGAUAUCAAGCGAUGUCAGUAGCGUUAACCAAGAAAACAGGAGUAGCAUUACUAAUUUGACUGAUAGGAGUGAUAAUAUGGACAUAAUGCCUUCCCAUUUACCGUACCAUACACAAUCCAUCCUACACCCCGUAUGGAUCGAGAUACUUUUCCUGAAGCUUAUUCUUCACCCCAACAUCGGGGUACGUAAGUUGGGUCUACGGCGAGUGUGGCGCCUGCCGUUAUCUAUCAUAAGAGGGUUUUCAUCAGAAUUUCUUUUCCAUUAUGUAUUUCAGAGCUCUUCUGACCCAAGGCUGUGCUCAGACCUUGAUCGCAUCCCAAUUACUAUGAGUUUCUUGGAAACCCCUGCCUUUGAGGGAGGGGAGGAGAAAGCACUGAGAAGUAUGGAACCGCUUAUUCAAGAGAUAGAGCGCUUCUACUGCGCCCUUUUUACGGUACAUCUGCGCUCAGCAGAAGCCCGAGUAGCCGCUUUAUGCCGCAUUCUCGAUACUGCCUCUGAGCAGACGUCGCGCUUUACCACGACGGUUUUGGUACGAACUCUGCACACUCUGGCAGGGGCUCUCUUUAACGAAGCGAAAAAUUGUCCAGAAGCAGCACGUUGGACGACCGCGAUGGCGCUUCAUGAGGCGGUCCUUGAACGACUUUCCGCCCUCAUGCACAACUCCUUUCAGGAUAACGUACCUUUCUGGUUGUCUAUACGCAUGACAUGCAUCAUCUUCUCGAUGCUGCUCACGCUGGCGUCUAUCAAUCCAUCCACUUUUCGAUCGCGGGCGUCGUUUUGGUCCUUGUUGUGUAUGUGCGGACCUCUCGGUAGGUGCGGUGGGCACCAGGCUGCUCGGCUUGAUGCUCGUGGGCAAUAUGGACGGGUCGGCUCCGGCGUCGAUGCGCGUUUCCUAACCGCUAAGCUCUUAAGCCUUGCAAAGCGCAUGGAGCACAUCGAACCGGAAGCCGAAGGCGUCAGUGAUGGGUCCCAGAAGCAGCUUCCACUACGGUUGGUUCUAAUCCAUGAUCUUUUGCAGACUCAGGAUAUGUUGGAGCGCACUAAAGCACUUUUGGCACGCGCAUCAGCUUAUGGCUCUAGCUUUGAUGAAGUUUCUGUCAAGGAGCAUUUCUUCCUGAUGGGGGUACUCCUUCAGACGAGUUACCCUGAAGACUUGGAGCUUGCGCAAAAUAUUAUCGCCGAGGUUGUGCAAAACGCUGCUUCGUAUCGCACUCGUGCGUACUCGAGCACCGCAGGCUUUCUUACGUCUCUUUCGGCCCUUGUGGAGGUCCAUCGUGAAUUUGGAACUAUCCCUUGCUCCCACUUGUUUUCCAUGCCGGUGUUGAUCGAUAUAGCGAGCACAGUGAAUACGCGUGCCUUCAGCGCCUUGAUGUGGGGGAAGCGGGUUAUCGAAGGGCUUGAGCCAGUGGGUUUUAUCUCUGAAAAAGGGGAAGUCAAUGAGGAGGUGGUGCUGCUCCACACAGCUAAUUGGGAUGUCCUUACUGCAACUGUCGUUAUGAUUUAUGAAAUCGUCUUGAAGCAGUCAACAGAUGAGGCAGAAGAGUUACUGAAAGUAUCUGAGUCUAUACACAUACUAACCCAUUUUGCCGAGAACUGUGGGGCGUGCUUCGGUCGCUAUUAUCAACGCAAAAAUCGUUAUAGGAACUCUACAGUCCUGGAUAGGACGGACGUUGUGGUGGGUUCAACAACUGACCUCGAUGAGGCGCUUGUAGCUCAGCAGAUGGCGCACAUCGUCCUUGCCCGCAAUGCAUCUCGUCUUCUCCAAAGUAACCUGUACGGCCUGGUCUGCCUCCCGAGAGACCGCCAAUGGCUGGGGAAUGACGCCCUGAAAGAGCUGAUGCCGGAAUUCGACGAGGUUCGCUGCUUCCUGAGCCUAAACCCAAGCAAGGCGGCGUCUCUCAUUACAAAACUGACCGAUUCCCUUACGCAGCGCGCUCCCGCAAUCACGACGCUGUGCGUCCUCUCCGACAGCACUCCCCAGGCCCUCCUAGCCGAGCACUCCCGCUGUGUGUACAAUACGAUUUCUAUUUUAUGCGAACGUGUAGUGGGUGACCAGCAGGCAUAUCACGAUAUCGUGCAGCAUCUUGAGCGCUUUGGGAUGGAGCAGGUGGGGCAGUGCUGGACUGGAAACCUCGCUGCGGUUUAUGACAUACUUGCCUGGGUGGUUGCUUGCCCAGACCCCAACCUCGUUGACCAUGCGGAGAUCCUAAAUACGAUGUUUGAGCACGUUCGCGAUGUCGGUGCGCGCGAGCACGCGCGGGUUUCCUCGAUUGCUUUCAGCGCCCUUCACCGCGUCAUGCCCCAUCACCCCCAUCUUGUUUCCCAGACGCUCAAACGUAUGUUUGGGACUGAUGUGGAGUCGGAGCGGUUUAUUUUUUUUGCCGCAUCGACGGCGUCCUUGCAGGUUCUCGCCGAUGCGCCGCGGCACUGGCCACCCCUCCAGGAGGCCCUCCUCCACAUCGCCGUCUUUUUUAACCCAGGCCGCGACGAGGAGGAGGGGGAGUCCACGAUGGCGGUCACGGAGCCGCUACUGUGGGGGUGGCCGAAGGAGCUGCGUGAGGUGUACCCGCCAACGGUGCGGCUCUCCACCGUCGGCCGCGCCCUCGCGCUCUCCACGAUUCUUCACACCUGCGCCCAGGCCCCGGAUCGGGCGUACGCGCUCUGCCUGGAGCUGUUGCAUUUGAAUACGCGGAACCCGGUGGUGGCGCAUGAGCCCUGUAUGCCGAACUCCCGGACGCACCGCGUGCGGCUUCGGCUCUGGCAGCUUCUCUGCUCUAUGCUGCCCCUUCUCCCGGUGGACGAUCACGCCCGGGUGGGCGCCCUGCUCGAGGUGGUUCUGCGGGAGUGUGUGCCGAUCAACAACCUCGGCAGCGUGCGUCGGUUAAUGGAGCUCUUCACGAUUAGGCUUCUCCAGCGCGUGCCCGCCGUAGCUCACCUCGUCGUGAGCGCCUUAGGGAACUACAACCUUCGCCCACAGGCCUGCGGGACCUACGUGCUCGUCGCCUGCCACGUCUUGCUUCAUCUGGAAGAGCUUGAGGCUCAAGUGGGCGGUGAUCGCACCGUCGUACCUGGUCUCUGCGAGGAUCUUCUACAUCGAAUUCUUCAGCAAUGCACCUCAAACCAACAUUUACUCCGUAUCAUUAGCCACAUUGGGCUUUUUAGGGUUUGUCGUCUCCGUCGAGCUCUCGGGAAGUCUAUCCCGAACGACGUUAACGCAAUCUUCGAGUACGUCGCAGGCGCCGAGGAUCAUAUCAAAUUUAGGCAAAAGUACGAGGAGAUCCUUUUUUACAACAUUGAGGAAGCGUGCACGCCGCACAACAUCUUUUGCAUUGUGCGGAAGGACGGUAAUGCCAUGCUGCGGGAGAGUAUUCCAGCCGCCAUGUUCGAGCGGAUUCGUUUUUUGGAGACGGAAACGUGUUGUCUGACGGGUAUUAUGAACCCAGCGGACCGGCUACGGUGGCGUCGCACGUGGGGCCCCUACCCCUCUGUUCCUUCUUCGGUAGAUGGGCCCCCGAUGGCGCGGGAUCCCGCCUACCAUUGCCUCACUGGUGUCUUCAAAGAUUUUCCCUACAUCCCCCACGCGGAGACCCUCGCGGAUGGCUACCUGGAUUACACCGCGGAGGUAAAGGAGUUGUUGACGACCGACCCUUCGCUCUUGUUAGGCGACGGGCCCCAUGCGGACGGCCCCGAUCGCUGCGAGGCGUCCGAGGAAGAGAUUCAGAAAAAAGUCACCUCCUGGUGGAAUAGCGAGGUCUACAACCAGCUCCACCCGCGCGCCGCGCACGGCGACCAUCAGCGCCAAUCCCUUGUCGUGGUCGGCAGUCUUCUCGAGAACCCCGUCAACAUUGCGGGGUUAUGUCGUUGUGGCGAAAUUUUCGCCGUCGAGAGGAUUAUUAUUCCAGAGCAAAAGGUGUUUGAGCACCCGCAUUUCGUGGCGACCGCUCGGAGCGCGGAAUUGUGGAUUCCCUGGCAGGAGGUACGUCCGAAGGAUCUGCUAGGCUAUCUUGCCUCGAUGCAGCGUGAAGGGUACACGGUGAUUGGGAUCGAGCAGACGUCUGGGAGCGUCUCCAUAGCAAGUUACCAGUUCCCAUCGCGCGCAGUGGUGGUGCUUGGUUCAGAGGGGCAUGGGAUUCCGGCCGCCAUCAUUCCCUUGCUGGAUGUGUGCGUCGAAGUACCACAGUACGGGCUGAUACGCUCUUUGAAUGUGCACGUGACAGGCGCGAUCGUCAUGUAUGAAUACACGAGGCAACAUUUGAUGAUUAAGGAUUAUGACUUAAAUUAA